AGUUUGGAGGGUGAGGUGCCCACGGAAGGAGUCUUUCGUAAUGCAACCGCAGUAUCAGUGACGAGAAAUAAAAAGCUUUGUGGGGGUAUCCCGGAACUGAAACUGCAAGCAUGCGACAACAAAGUUAAAAAGAGGGGGAAAUCCCGUGCUUCUAGAAUAAUCAUAAUUCUUAGCGGGGUUUUAGGUUUCAUUUUCUUUUCGUCCAUUUUGGUACUGUAUAAGAGGAAAAAAUCAGAAAAGAAAUCAUCUUCCAUACUUCCCAAAACUGACCUGCUUUCGAAGGUGUCGUACAUGGAACUCUAUCAGGUGACUGGCGGAUUCUCUCCCAGCAAUUUAAUUGGAUCCGGCAGUUUCGGUUCGGUGUACAAAGGAGUACUUAUGGGUCAAGAAGAAAGGUCGACAGUCGUUGCUGUCAAAGUCUUGAACCUUCAACAAAAGGGAGCUUCCAAGAGUUUCAUGGCCGAAUGCAAUGCAUUGAGGAAUAUACGGCAUCGGAAUCUCGUGAAGAUCUUGACAUGUUGUUCUAGCAUAGACUACAAUGGUAAUGAGUUCAAAGCUCUUGUUUUUGAAUUCAUGCCUAAUGGAAGUUUGGAGAAGUGGUUGUAUCCAGAAAGAGGCAAUCAUGAAAAUGAAUCAAGAAAUUUGAAUCUUCUUGAAAGACUGAAUAUUGUAAUGGAUGUCGCUUCUGCACUGCACUAUCUUCAUGACCACAGUGAACCGCCUAUUAUUCAUUGCGAUUUAAAGCCAAGCAAUGUUCUUCUUGACACUGACAUGACUGCGCAUGUAAGUGAUUUUGGUUUGGCGAGGCUCCUCUCAACAGCCGAUGAUGUUUCUCAAAAUCAAACCAGCACAAUUGGAAUAAAAGGAUCUAUUGGUUACUCUGCUCCAGAGUACGGACAGUGUGGAGAGGCAUCGACGCAGGGAGAUGUCUAUAGCUUCGGGAUAUUUGUAUUGGAGAUAUUCACGGGAAAGAGACCCAUUGACAGCAUGUUUCAAGACAUUUUCAACCUCCAUAACUAUGUUAAGAUGGCGUUACCGGAAAGAUUUGUGCAGAUUGUGGAUCCAAAACUUCUCAAAACUAGAGAUUUAAAUGAAAUAGAAACUGUAACCGAGGAAGAAGAUGUUAUUAUUAAAUCCUCCCCCCAGUACGUUACGCCCGUUGAGGAGAGAGGAACCGUUGAGGAGAGAGUAUCCCGAUCGCCGCCCCUGUCCGGCGAGUGGCGGCUCACCGCCGACACAGAAAGACUCGCCCGGCUUAGGCGACCCCGCCGUGGGUCUUCCGGCGCGUUGACCACCCCCCAGUCCGAUCACAGUUCUCCCUCACCGAUCUCUGUCCGGCGCGUGGCUGCGCACCGCCGCUUCAGACCGCCUCGCCGGGCUCAGGCGCCCUCGCCGAGGGUCCUCUGGCACGCUGAUCGGCUCUAA